AUGCGGCUCGGGAACCGAGGGCACCGAGGGCGAGCAGAUCCGCGAGGCAUCUUCGUCGGCGAGAGCAGCAUCGCUGCUGUUCGAGCUGCUUGUGACUUCUUCCCGGACACUACAUUCCCGACCGAUCCAGACGGAAAUACAGCGCACUGGGUUUACGAUGCACUACGGGCCGUCCGUCCGGCCAUCUCUACGGGAUACGAGAACGUAGUCUUGGCACGGUGGCUAUCGGGUAUCCAAAAAGAUGACGUCCAGGAAAAGUUUGUUGAAAGCGUGCUAGAGGAUUGGGAGGCAAUUAAGGAAGCCCUGAUGGCAGACUGGGAAGUUUCCAAAGACGAUCUAGUAGAGGCAUUCGGUCAUGCGAGAGACAAGUGGAUCGAGAAAGAUCUCGACUCUUGGGUAAAUGCUAAUCGAAUCUUUCCAGGUGUGGCUGAUGCAUUGAAUUUUGCUUCCGCGCCGCUGUACAUAAUCACAACGAAGCAGACCCGAUUUUGUCUUCUCCUUCUCGAGCGCUAUGGAAUCAAGAAUAUACAAAAGGAAAACGUUUUCGGAUAUGGCACCGGAUCCAAGAUAUCCGUCUUGAAGAAGAUUCUCGCAUCCCCUGAACACAAAGGGAAGAAGUUGGUUUUCGUGGAGGAUCGUUACGAUACCCUUGAGGACGCCUCUUUGAGCUUAUUAGGAACUCCUCUAGAUUUGUACCUUGCCACUUGGGGUUACAAUACGGCUGAAACGAAGCGUGUUGCGGAGCUGCACCCCUACAUUACCCCACUUGAUCUCCCCACCUUUGUUUCCAAACUACAGUGA